AUGAAUGACGAUCAGCUACUAGAUUUCCUAUUAGAGGAUCCAGUGGUACGUGAUGAAAUACGUGAUGAAAUAGUUGAUGAAGAAACUGACAAAGAAGAGAUUUCUCCAAAGGAAGCGAAAGCUAUAAGAGGGAAAGAUAGAAGAGCAAAGGCUCACAACGAACGAAUCGCUCAAGAGAAGGAGAAACGUUAUCAGGACAUGCAAAAUAUGCAGGAUUUGCUUGAUGGACUUGACGAACUGAUCCUUGAAGAUGAUGAUAAUGCCGAUAGUGGCGAGGAGACCACGGUACCGACACCAUUGCCACCACCACAUGUGAAAGAAACAAAGAAUAAACACAAGAAGAAGGUGAAACACAAGGAAAUAGUGGAAGAAGAACUAAAUUUGGAAAAUGAACCUUUGGACAGACUGCAACGAUUAAACAAAAAACUUGAAGUUGCUAGUCGACGUAGGAAAUCAUCGAAAAAGUCUCAGAAACAAACUCAAGCUAAAAGUAAUGAAUUUAACGUUGAUGAGACCAUUAAACAAGUUACUGAAGUUCUUAAAGAAGAUGAACAAAAAAAGAAGCAAAGGAAAAAGAAGAAACAUCAAUCUAAAAAAUGGGCGGAAGAUAAUACUUUCGAAGAACCUAAAAAAGAGACAAAAAGACAUAAGGAGAAGAAACAUAACUCCGGAUCUACUACUAAAGACACGAAUUUAUCUAAUAAAGAACAAAAAAUUGAAACUUCCAAUGUUAAAAAGACCCACGACAAAAAGAAAACUGACAAGAAAAAAAAACCUGGUAUUAAUGAGACUAAUGAAUCUCAACGAUCGAAAAAACGAUACGAGAAUAAGAUCAAACGAUCACAAAAAAUACAUGAUACAAAAUUACUCUCUGUGGAGUUUUAA